GAUCCUGGGAAGGACUGUUAGGCCUUCUGGCCCUUCCUCCUCACCCAUACCUUCCCAAUAUAGUUCCCUCACAGGGGGCCUGCAGUGACAGUCCAGGGGCACAGCGUCACAGAACUGGGAGUCCACAAAAUGGGGAAGGCCAGCAGGGAAAGAGACCCCAGAAGUCACAUGCAAUGUUGCCCAAAGAUGCAGCUACUACACAUCGGGACCGGAUGUCCUUCCUUGAAAACCUGGAGGCAGGUGUAGGACACAUGAACCAAAGUGUUUUGCACAUGGCGGGUGUGAGGACAAUCUCAAGGGAGCUGGUUACCCUGAGUGUUUAUGACACAAAUCAGGUAACAUGGGGUCCGGAAACAUCUAGGGAUAGAAAUCCCUGAUAAUAGCAGUCCCAGAUUUGAUUCCCACUGUGUCUGAAGGACUUUUUAAAAAUAUAUCUUUCUUUAUUGAGAUAUCACAUACAUACCAUAAAAUUUAACCAUAAAAUUGGCCCGUUUAAAAUGUACAGUUCACUGGUUUUUAAUAUAUUCACAGAGUUCUGCAACCCUCACCACAAUCUAAGUUUAGAACAUUUUCAUCAUCCCCUAAAGAAACCCUGGACCCAUUAGCAGUCACUCCUCAUCCCCUGCCUAGCUCUAGGUAAUCACUAACCUACUUUCUGUCUCUAUAGGUCUGAAAGACUUGACACACUGCAAAGGUUAAAAAUCUGGUCAACAAACAUCUACUGUUUCAAUGUUAUGCACAUGCAGAGAGUGUAAAGAGGAGGAAGAGUGACUUAGGCUUUGCCCUUAAGUUGUUUACAGUUGGUAGUGAUAAGGCCUAGUAGUUAACAGUCCCAGUUGUCACUUACCAGAAUGACACUUUAGGCAUGUUACACACUCUCUUUGAGCUUCAGUGUCUUCAUCUCUAAAAUGGGAUAACAAUCAUACUUAUUUCAUAAUGUUGCUGUCAGGAUUACAUGAUAAAAUGAGAAGACUCUAGUACAGAGCCUGACCCACAGUAAGGGAUCAUAAAUAUUUGUCAAUUUUGGUCUUAUACUACAAGGCAAAGGGCACAGCAAGUGCUGUGGGGCCUUGAGCAGAUCUGGGAAGGCUUUGGGAGAAGUCACCAUGCAUGUGAGUGUGUGAGUGUGUGUGUGUGUGUGUAGGGGCUCAGACAACACGGGCAAAGUUGGGUGGGUGCAUUCCAGGUAGAAAGCGCAGCAUAAACAGAAGAUGCCUAGAACAAACAUAUAGAAAGGCAAGGAGCAGUGAGUGAUGUGCUCAGAAAGAUCAGCCAGGGACACAAAGGCCUGAGUGGAGUGACCCUGGUGAAUUGUGGGUGCGGCAGAGAGGCAGCCCAAGAGAAUUGUGAUCUGGGGAGAGUGGGCAGUGAUGUGCUUUAGGGAGCUCAACUGUAGCUGGUGCCACAUGGAGGAUGUGAGAAACCCCAGGUGGAGGAUGGAUUGGGAGAAGGAAAGGCUAGAGAUGGAAGACCUGUUGGGAGGCUGCUCCAGCGCCCAGGGAUGUGAAGGGGCUGGUCUUGGAGAGGGCUGGCUGCCAUUCUUAGAUUUUAGUGUCAGAAUCACUGGGGAGCUUGUCAAACAUGUAGAUACCUGGGCCUACCCAAAAGGUUCUGACUCAGGUCUAUGUGGGCCCAGAAAUCUGUAAUCUUAAUCAGCUCCCCCAGAGGGAGGUGGCCCACAGACCACAUCCUUCAAGAAUUACUAGAUUUGAAAGGUUGUAGAAAUCAAAUCCACACAAACAGGCAACUGAUGGUGUGGGGGAGGGGGUGGAGAGGGGCUCAUGGGACUGGAGCUGGGUAACUAAGAAGUGGGUGGGACUGCCAGGCAGAUAGGGUUGGUCAGAGGUGAGCAGACUGGAAAAGAAAGCAGGUGAGCACAGCCGCGGGAGGCAGGCACCUGGGAUGCAGGAGAACAAGCAAGUCAACAGCUCAUCCAUGGGUCACCACCUGACUGGGCAGGAUGGCAGAAACGGCCUUCAGUGACACCUGAACUGCAUCCAGGCCUUGAAGGAGGAAGGAUUUUGACCUGGGAAGAUGGGCAUAGGCAUUCCAGACAGAGGAGACAGUCUGAGACAAGACUUGUAAUCAGAUGAAUUUUCUAGGCCAGUUUGGGAGCUGAACAGAAAGGCUGUGAUGCCUCUGGAUGGCCUCAAAUGCCACACUAAGGUGUCUGGAGUUUAUUUAGGCCAAAGUUGAGAGUGGUCUGGAAGGUUUGGGGGAUUCAUCACCCUCACUGUCUGGGACAGUACUAAAGAGGGUAUGCAAGGUUUGAGGUGGAAUAAGGCCAAUGACUAUGGGUCUCUUAUCAUUAGGCCCACUGUGGUACAGAGCCCCCAUUUUAUUUUUGAUUGAUUCAUGUUGGCAAAGAACGGGAGACUGGGGGAGGGCUGGGGAAGGGGUGGGAAAGGGAGGCCCAUCCCCAUUUUAUGAUCUCAGUGGAAAAGGCUGCUGUGAGUAGAUUUUACUGCCAGGACAGCCACAGAGAUGGGCCCCAUGAGUCACUGCUCAGUUUUGCAAGCUCAGCCCAUAGAGCCUGCUGUGGUCAGCGGCCCAGGCUGGCUCCAGGCCCAGCCUCCAGUGUUCCCCACUAGGUCUCAGUCUGUCCCCAUUUCAAUCUGUAUCUUUGCCAUCCUGGGGCUGUGUAUCCUGCAGAUCUCUGCUUUUUCUGUGUCCCUUUCAGACUGAGCCUCUGAAUCUGUCUCCAUUUGUGACUCUGGUUUACAUCUGGCUCAGGGAUGGGGAGCCUCAGGAGGCAAGGGUAGUGUGAACAGUCUCAGGCAUCCCUAAGCAUUUAUUCUGUGCCAGGCCCUGUGCUGGGUGCUGGAAGUACAUAAGUGGACAACACACAGUCUCUGUUUUCAUGAAGCUUACAAUGCACAUUCUAUGUGGAGUGAAUAAACCAAGGCCUGGCCCUGCCCCUCAAUCUGUCUGCCUGCCUGUGCCCAGGGGUGCUGGGGUCAGCUAUGGCCUGUGGCUUGAAGCCUCUCAUUUGCUGCUGGCAUUGGAGGGUAUGUGUGCCUGCCAGCAGGUCCCCCCAGGUCUUAGGGCUCCGAGGGAGCCUGGCUGGUAGGUGGGGGUGGGCAGACAGUGGGCAGCAGAAGGAGAGGGAGGGGGCAGGAGGCAGUGACUCAGUGGGGCGGCCCUGGGACAGCUGGGGAGGGAGCCAAGGUUGGUUCCGAUGCUCACUGAAGCUAGAGGAGGGUAGGAAGAGAGGGCUGGCUGGGGGUUGGGGAUGGAGCAGGACAACUCCAAAGCUCCUCUCCACAUCAGCUCAUAAAGAAGGCUCCUCAGUAGCUGGUCUGAGAGUCUGGACUCUGGGUGCUGACGUGGCAACUGGGAUUGCUGCUGUUCCCACCACAACUACUUCUGAUGCUCAGGUUCCCUCCUCCCGCCGCAUCCCUGGGCUCAUGAAGGAGGUGAGUAAGGUGAGGCUCAAAGAGAACUGAAUGACCAGAGCUCGCCCAACAGGCCUGAACUGCGGCAGCAUCUGCGCCUCCUGUGCCCGGGCACCAAGACUGGCACCUCCUAUAGCUUAGUGUGUCCUGCCUGCAUUGCCCGCCGAGUCCUACCCGACCGUCUUCAGCCCAUUUUCUGGAAGAGCUGAGGCCUCAGUUCACACUGAGGCCCCCGCCCCUCUCCCACUUGCCCUGAGCCGGCCCAACCUUAAGGAGAGGGUGAUGGAAGGAUCCUCCGAGGAUGGGGGUGAGUCCCCAGACUCCCAAGGUCAUGCUACCGAUUGGAGGUUUGCUGUAUGCAGUUUCAGGGAUGCCUGGGAUGAAGAGGAACCUGCUCCCCAGAUGCAGGUUAAGGACCCCAAUCCUCCAAGACCACCAGCAGGGGCAGCCCAGGGUGAAGGGCUACAGGGUAGCCCCCUGCCUGGGGAACUCCAGUCACCCCCAGGACAGAUGGCUGCCAGUGGGUGGGGGGAUGGCCAGAAGAGCACGUUAGGAGGUUCCUCAGUCAAGUCAGAGGAACCAGCCUCCUCUGGAGUGGAGACCCUUCUAUGCCCGAUGUCCUCCCAACUCAGCCUGGCACAGGGCAAGAGUACCAGCCAAGGGGGAGGGUUGGCAGGGGACCCAGUUACAGGCAGAGUAAUGCCAGUUGGCUUAGGCCCAAGGGGUUUGGAAGGCGACCCUGUGGACCUUGGAGACUCUCUAUCUGAGACAUCAUCAGAGCUGCUGGAGCCAGACCCCAGUGGAUCCGGCCUCUCUAAGCCCACUGACUACCUUCUGGCCCAAGACCUCGCCUGGGAGCUGCUGGCCAGUGGCAUGGCUGCCCUGCCAGGGACUCGGGAUGUAGAAGGUCGGGCAGUGCUGGUUCUGUGUGCCCAUAGCCCAGCCUGGCUUCACCCCAGGUGCAGCAGCCAUGAACUCGUCCGCCUCCUGCUCUACCUGCGAAGCAUCCCCAGGCCCGAAGUACAGGCCCUGGGACUGACUGUGCUAGUGGAUGCCCAAAUUUGUCCCCCGAGCUCUUCCCUCUUCUGGGGGCUCAACCAACUGCAAGAAGCAGCCCCAGGGUCCGUGCACCAGGUGCUCCUAGUGGGAAAGAUGCCUGAGGAAGUGCCUUCAGGACUGCAGCUAGAGCAGCUGCCUUCUCAUCAGAGCCUGCUGACCCACAUCUCUACCACGGGACUGCCCACUUCACUGGGAGGAGGCCUGCCUUACUGCCACCAGGCCUGGCUGGACUUCCGGAUGCGUCUGGAAGCCCUACUGCAGAGCUGCCAAGUGGUUUGUGCCCUGCUCCAGGAGGCCAUUGAGAGCAUGAAGGCUGUGCCUCAGCCCAUGGAGUCUGGGGAAGUCGGUCGGCUGCUACAGCAGGCACGAGUCCUGAUGCAGCAUGUGCUAGACUCGCCACAGCUGGCAUGGCUACAGUGCCAGGGGGGAUUUGAGCUGGCGUGGCUGAAGCAGGAGGUCCCAGAGGUGACCCUGAGCCCAGACUACAGGCCAGCGGUGGACAAGGUUGAUGAGCUGUAUGGCCGCGUGGAUGGACUGCUACACCAACUGACCCUGCAGAGUAACCGCCGAGUACAGGCACUGGAGUUGGUCCAGACGCUGGAGGCUCAGGAGGGAGGGUUGCACCAGAUUGAAGUGUGGCUACAGCAGGUGGGCUGGCCAGCACUUGAGAAGCCAAGGGAGCCCUCACUGGACAUGCUGCUCCAGGCUCAAGGCCCUUUUCGGGAGCUGGACCGGGUUGCUCAGGAGCAGGUCAGGCGAGGGGAGAAGUUUCUGCAGCCAUUGGCUGGCUGGGAGGCAGCUGAACUGGGCCCCCCUGGAGCCCACUUUCUGGCCCUGCAAACCCAGCUGACUGAAUUUUCUAGGGCUUUGGCCCAGCGGCGGCAGCAGCUGGCAGAUGCCGAGAAGCUAUUGCAGUUCUUCAAGCAGGCCUCGACAUGGGCUGAGGAGGGGCAGCGAGUGUUGGCAGAGCUGGAGCAGGAGCGCCCGGGGGUCGUGCUGGAACGGCUGCAGUUGCAUUGGACCAAGCACCCUGACUUGCCUCCUGCCCACUUCCGAAAGAUGUGGGCUCUGGCCACAGGGCUGGGGUCUGAAGGCAUCCGCCAGGAAUGCCGCUGGGCCUGGGCACGGUGCCAGGACACCUGGCUGGCCCUGGACCGGAAGCUAGAGGCUGCACUGAAGCCACCACCGACGGGCAGCACAGCUAGCCUGUCUGUCAGCCAGGUCCCUUCUGUACCUCCCCUGAGGAAGGCAUACAGCCUUGAUCGGAAUCUGGGGCAGAGUCUCAGAGAGCCUGCCCACCACUGCCACCAUGCGGCCAUUGUGGCUGCCUGCCAUGGACCAGAGGCUGGAGAUGGUGCCCAGCCCCGGUCAUCCCCCACUACCAUGCCUCCACCAGGCAGCUCUGACCCCAGGAGCCCCAACAGGCUCCAGCUGGUGCUGGCAGAGAUGGUGGCGACAGAGCGGGAAUAUGUCCGUGCCCUUGACUACACCAUAGAGAACUACUUCCCUGAGCUGGAUCGCCCUGAUGUGCCCCAGGGCCUCCGUGGCCAGCAUGCCCACCUCUUUGGCAACCUGGAGAAGCUGCGGGACUUCCACUGCCACUUCUUCCUGCGUGAGCUGGAAGCCUGCACACGGCACCCACCCAGGGUGGCCUAUGCCUUCCUGCGCCACAGGGUGCAGUUUGGGAUGUAUGCUCUCUACAGCAAGAAUAAACCUCGCUCUGAUGCCCUGAUGACCAGCUAUGGUCACACCUUCUUCAAGGACAAGCAGCAAGCGCUGGGGGACCAAAUGGACUUGGCCUCCUACCUGCUGAAGCCCAUCCAGCGCAUGAGCAAGUAUGCAUUGCUGCUGCAGGAGCUGGUGCGGGCCUGUGGGGGGCCCACACAGGAGCUGAGUGCCCUGCGGGCUGCCCAGAGCCUCGUGCGCUUCCAGCUGCGACAUGGCAAUGACCUGCUAGCGAUGGAUGCCAUCCAGGGCUGUGAUGUUAACCUCAAGGAACAGGGGCAACUGGUGCGACAGGAUGAGUUCACAGUGCGUACUGGGCGCCACAAGUCCCUGCGCCGCGUUUUCCUCUUUGAAGAGCUGCUGCUCUUCAGCAAGCCUCGCCGAGGACCUACAGGCAUUGACACAUUUGCCUACAAACGCUCCUUCAAGAUGGCAGACCUUGGCCUCACUGAAUGCUGUGGGGAUAGCAACCUGCGCUUUGAGAUCUGGUUCCGCCGUCGCAAGGCCAGAGACACCUUUGUGCUGCAAGCUGCCAGCCUGGCCACCAAGCAGGCCUGGACAGCUGACAUCUCUCGCCUGCUCUGGAGGCAGGCCGUCCACAACAAGGAGGUACGCAUGGCUGAGAUGGUGUCCAUGGGUGUGGGGAGCAAGGCCUUCCGAGACAUCGCCCCCAGCAAGGAAGCUAUCAGCGACCGCACCAUCAACUACGUCCUGAAGUGCCGAGUUCGCUCUCGGGCCUCCAUUGCUGUGGCCCCGUUUGACUAUGACAGCCCCUACCUGGGAGCCUCAAGCUCCCUUCCUGGAGACCCUGCCUCUUGCUCUGUACUGGGGUCCCUCAAUCUGCACCUGUACAGAGACCCAGCUCUUCUGGGCCUCCGCUGGCCCCUGUAUCCCACCAGCUUCCCAGAGGAAGCAGCGCUGGAGGCUGAAGCAGAACUGAGCAGCCAGCCAUCUUUGACUCCUGAGGACUCAGAGGUCUCGUCCCAGUGCCCAUCAGCCAGUGGCUCCAGUGGCUCUGACAGCAGCUGUGUGUCAGGGCAGGCCCUGGGCAGGGGCCUGGAAGACUUGUCUUAUGUCUGAGCCCAGGCUUGAAGGUGGACAGUGGAUCCAGCAGUCUCUAGAUCCAAGGAACAUCACCUCCUCUCAGGAUCUGCUGUGACGAGGGCAUGGCUGGUACUUGGGCCACCUCCAGCCCACAUGCACAGCCCUAUUGACUCCCCUUUCUGAGGUCUGUGCCCAUUGGCAGACCAGGAGGGGCUUCUCCAGAGGCCCUGGCUGCAGAGCCUGAAUGAGCACCCUGAUCCUGGGCUCCUGGCCCUGUGUCCCCUUCUUCCGUUCCCCUCUCCAGCUCCUUACCCCAGUUUUGGGUUAGGAUUAGGGUAAGCAGAUGGUGUGUGUUUGUUUCCAUGCUCUUGGCUGGUGGGGCACCAAGUGGCUCUGGCAGUGACUGGGCUGCCCCACCCCAGAGGAGAAACACAGGUGACUUCCCAGCAGCUGCUUCCUACCCCCAGGUUUCAAAGCCAAGUUCCCCAAACUUAGGGAGAGGCCCACCCUUAUUGGACCCUUAUUCUUGCCUGCUCUAGCUCCCCAGGCCCAGCCCCUUCUUUCCUGGGUCAGUUUGGUUAUAUUUACUCAAUGCUUUUUGAAUAGCUUUCAAUUACAGUUGUUGUCUAAAAUUAUGUCAAUGGUUGUUAGGUCUUUGGCAUCUCAGAGAGGGAGUCCAGGCCCUUGGCUCGUGAUUUACUCUUUAUUUGUUUAUAAUAAAAAAUAGACUGAUAUGCA